AUGGCCUCUGCUCUCACUAUUGGAUUUGGCAUUGCCACAACUGCCUUUUUGGGCCGCGCCGGUCUGGUCGCCUACCGCCGCUCCAAGGGAGGAUUAAACGCUGCCGGAAAGGCAUUCUACAAGGGAGGAUUCGAACCGCGCAUGAAUCGCCGGGAAGCCUCCCUGAUCCUACAACUUUCUGAACGUACUUUGACCAAGGAAAAGAUCCGCAAGAACCACCGCCAGCUCAUGUUGCUCAACCACCCCGAUCGCGGUGGCAGUCCAUACUUGGCCACUAAGAUUAACGAGGCGAAGGAAUUCCUCGAUAAACAUGUUUAA